AUGUACGUCAAAGAGAUCGACGAGUUUGCCGUUGUGGACAGGCUGGAGGAGGAACAGAAAGAACUGGAGAAAGAGAUAUCAGAGCUGGAGGAAGAGAAGAAACGACUGCGGGAGAAGAUAGGAUUGUUGGAGAAGGCGAAGAAACAGGGCUCCAAUCCAUUCAGAGCGCAGGCGGUCUCAACGUUCUACAAAGGGGAUCGAGAGCCAUAUCUUCCUGUUCACCGAUGCCUCACUGAGGUGGAGACGAACAUGUAUUAUUACCCGGCGGUUCAUCGAGUUACUGAAAUUGGUGGUGCACGCAAUGGUAUGGAAUCCACCUCUUCUCGGUCAGAGAUGGGUCAGAUGCUUACAAGCGGUCUUGCAGAUUUCGACUAUCUUUUUCAGCCGGUGCGUGAUUUCCAGAUCUCAAAUCACAUCCCCCGCAAUCAUCUCUCUGACUCCACAUUCGACAGAGACAUCCUACCCCUAAGUUCUUUUGGAGUGCGGGAUCUUCCCAUCUGCUUUAGCGAUGAGAAGUUCUGCUUUGAAGAGCACUUUCUGAACAACGGGGCCGAGCCGGAGGAGGCCUACCCACUGCAGGUGGGCCAGGGUCGAAUCCCAAUGAUGGAGAGAAACAGAGACAAAAAUACGGACAAGAUUCUGGAUAAUCUCGAGAACAAUUUCGUUGAGUCUCUGGUGAAACGUGAGCUGCUGGGAAUUCAGUUCCUAAUCGGCAGGGACGCGGAUCAUCCAAUGGAGGUCUACGAGACAUAUACCAUCUCCAUCGACUACAGAGGAAAGCGUGGGCCCUCUGACCGACGUGGGGAAAAGUUGGAUUUUCACGAUCCCAAGGAGGAUUACAAGUCCUCCGUGGAGGUCAAGAAGGCGAUCCUGGACAUGUUUCGUCGCAUCUACAUCGUGACUAACCGACUCACCACCUUGCCCGAGAAACGCUGUCUGUUCUUUCACACCUUUCACACACCUUGGGCCCCGGAGAGCAAGAACGGCGAUGACUACAACCUUUCCUGGGACGACGUACUUGCAUCUCCAACCAUCCCGGGAUGGAGAAGGGAGAACGUGACCUCCAGCUUCAUCGACACCGGAUUCUACGGGGCGAGACUCUCAGUCACCUACCUCGACCCACCCAAGUCGAACGACAAGGCUAGAAAUAUUCCAAUACAAGUUCCAUCUGCUGUUCAAUUCCGAGGUCGUCGAGUGCGAGACGCCGAUAUGGAAUGGAAAUAUGGCACCGAAUGGGUCGACGACGAACUUGACAGGAGAGCUGCAGCCGAGGCUGCCGUGUCCGAGAGCACUGCGACUCCUAAAAGUGCGGCCAAAAGAGUCGCGGUCGAUGAAGCAGACGAAGAUGUAUCUCGGAAGAAGUCAAAGACCGCAUGAUCAGCAUGCAUAGUCCUGGGCACGAUGAAAAAAAGGGAAAUCUAGAUGAGAAUCGGCUGGCGAAUUCUCACUAGAGAAAGGGGUUUGUUCCGAACUUGUUCUAGCCUUUCCAUUCAUCGAUCGAUAUCAAUUCACUAGUGAUACACAGGGUCUAUGAAUCGGACUGAUGCAGCAGAAUCUGCCCGAACAGUAGGAGAUUGAAAAACGGAGUUUUGACCCCCUUGUCCUGCAGACUGAUGCGACACAUGAUCACAUACCAGAGAAUUGGAAUCUGUUCCAGAACCGUCGGUCACUAGUCCGUUGCAAAAUCUCGAGUUUUCCAAAUCCUAGGAGACAGUCUUGCAAGCCUUGAGAUGAUUUGCAGCGAGUGGAUCCCACCCCGCCGCGUUGGGACCAGUUACUAGACACACGACUAGGAGUUAGGUGAAUCCCCUUCCUUUAAAGAUAAUAGUGCUUUUCCAUGAUCGACGACACACGGACGGGGACGCAAUAUUCGGGACGUGGGAGACAACAUUCCAGGACCAUGGGACCAUGGUCUCAACUAUUGCUUGCAUUGUCCGGUAUACUGAGG